AUGGCCAGCGCAAAACAUGGCGAUGCCCUUGAGGCCAUUGGCCGCGCCUCCGACCAGUGGGUCGAGGAGCCCGGUAAACCCCAGACGGUCAUCGAGAGAUAUCGAACGUACGAUCCCGAGCACGCGGCUGAGGCAGAGAAGAGGCUCGUUCGCAAGAUCGAUCUGAGGAUUCUUCCGUUUGUUCUUGUCAUCUACAUCUGCAACUACCUGGAUCGCAACUCCAUCACACAGGCUCGUCUUUAUGGCAUGCAGAAGGACACCGGAACCAAUGGCACCUUGUGGAAUACCGCCAUCUCUAUCUUUUCAGCUGGCUAUAUCGCCAUGCAGCUUCCAUCUCCCAUGAUCAUGUCCAAGUUGCCACCAUCUCUGUUCUUACCUUGCUGUAUGAUUCUUUGGGCUAUUGUGUCGGGAUGCACGGCUGCUACGAACAGCCCAGCCAGCCUGUUCGCCGUCCGCUUCUUUCUCGGAAUCGUUGAAGCCCCUUUCUUCCCUGGUGCCAUCUACUUCCUAUCUUGCUGGUACACCAAGAGGGAGAUUGGGAUCCGAAUGGCUCUUCUGGUGAGCGGUAUCGUACUUUCCAAUGCCUUCGCUGGUCUGCUGUCGGCGGCCAUCCUCUCUGGCAUGGACGGUAGGACUUCGCUGGCAAGUUGGCGAUGGCUGUUCAUCAUCGAGGGCCUCAUGACCAUUGCCGUCGCCCUCGUUGCCAUGGUAUUCUUGCCAAACUAUCCUGCUACCACCAAGUGGCUCACCGAGGAGGAGAAGACGAUCGCACAAGCACGUCUGCUGAAGGAUAUGGGAGCUGAAGACGCGACAGAGGAGGAGGAUACGUCCCUGAUGCGUGGUCUGUCCGCCGCCGUCAAGGACUACCGGGUCUGGAUAUUUGCUUGCAUGCAGAUGGCCACCACUGCCAGCAUAUCCUAUUCCCACUUCUUUCCGACCCUGAUCAAGGAGCUUGGAUUCUCCGACAACCUCCUCGUACUGCUUCUGACCUCGCCGCCAUAUCUGCUGGCUUUCUUCUGGAGCAUCGGGUUCAGUUGGCACGCGGACAGGUCGCAGAAGAGAUCUCCCCAUGCCUCCAUCUCCAUGUCGACCGCCAUCAUGGCUACGAUCGUCCUUAUCGCGGUCCCCUACAAGUACCAGUGGGUGCGCUACGCCUUCACAUUCCCGCUCACAGCUGGUAUCUUUGGGGUGUACUCAACCACCUACGCUUGGCUGUCAUCGACGAUUGUGAUGCCACGCACCAAGAGAGCUGCUGCUAUUGGACUCGCUAACCUUUGUGCCAAUGUCGCCUCGCUUUACGGCAACUACUUCUGGCUUGACGAGUACGAGCCCACCUUCCAAGUGUCGUGGGGAAUCCUCUUGGCAUUCCAGGUCCUGGGUCUGGGCUGUAUUCUGAGUCUGCGUUUCCUCCUGAAGAGAUCGAACCGGAAAUUCGAGGAGCUCAGCAGCAGGGUAUCGGAAAGCAAUGCAGCGCAGUUGGCAGAGUUGGACCCCGUGGAGCAGAAUGCUGUUGUGGGUGGCUUCCGCUACAUUACAUGA